UCCCAAUCUGUCUGAGCACUGAGUGCCCAUCCCACUCUCAAAGGAGCUGCACACACACUCUGGCAAACACACUUACCACACUGGCAGUCAGAGCACACACAGCUCCAUCCACUGGUUAUAAGACGACAGCCACUUCCAGUUAAAGGACAUACAGCUCUGAGGUCCAGUAUGGAUGCGCUGAAGAAGGGAUUCUCCAUGGCUAAGGAGGGAGUGGUGGCCGCCGCCGAGAAAACCAAGGCCGGGGUGGAGGAGGCAGCUGCCAAAACCAAAGAGGGGGUCAUGUAUGUAGGCGCAAAGACAAAGGAAGGUGUUGUGACAAGUGUAAACACAGCUGCCCAGAAAACGACUGAGCAGGCCAAUCUUGUGAGCGACACCGCUGUGGCUGGAGCCAAUCAGGUGUCAGAAAAGGCAGUGGAGGGGCUGGGGAGUGUGGUUGCAUCCACUGGCCUUGUCAAACCGGGGGAGAUGGCGAAGCAGGAGGGAGCUGUAGAGCAGCCUACAGACGCUGGACAGUAGAGAGAAGAUGGGUGAUGUCGCACUGAACACCCCUGUGAUGCUCUGCUUCUUGCUUAAGAAGAGAGUUCAUUAGCUGUUGCGGGCCAUGGCUGAAUAUUAUCAUACUAAACCUCUGAUGGACGCUAAAUAAUAUCCAACUUAACACAAAAAACAAAGACACCCACCUCUCUCUCUUGCUUUGUCCUCACAAACAACCUCUUCUUGCUUCAAUUUACCACUUUUCUUCAAGUAAACCUAUCCUAUUUACAAGAAAAAAAGCUCAUGUAACAACACAAUUAUUUAGCUAUGCAAUAUUCACAUAUACUGUGUAGUGCGUGUCAUCACAUUUGUGUAAAUAUUACAUGCAUGUGCUUGUGAUUGGACAUUUUUAUAUAGGCGAUGUCUGU